AUGCCCUCCCUCCUCCUGUAUCUUUGUGUGUCAGAUGCCCUCCCUCCUCCUGUAUCCCUGUGUCAGAUGCCCUCCCUCCUCACAUCUCUCUCUGUGGCUCAUGGGAGACACUAUGCGCUCUCAAAAAUCCAAGAUGGAGGACAGGGGCAUGUCUCACCUCAUCUCCAGUUUGGACGAAUUAAACUUGAACCCAAUAAACGCCCAACACAACGCCAACCUGAACAAGAGCCUGGGGCCCGAGAGGAUCAUGGAGAGCGACAUGGAGAGUGCAGUGACACAGGGAGACAAACUGAGGGCGCUAAAGAGCAGGCGGCCUCCUCGUCCGGCCACCACAGGAGCGCUCAGGUAACUGUCUCACUGUUAUUCAACACACGUGACCCCUGUGCGACCCCUGUGUGACCCCUGUGCGACCCCUGUGCGACCCCUGUGCGACCCCUGUGCGACCCCUCACUCCACUUUACUGAUAUUUUCCCCUCUGUGGAUUUAUUGGCUCUUCCUCUGUCCCAAAAACGAGUUCUUCAUUUUGAGUAUUUGCUGAUACUGA